AAACUGUGCUGUGUCUGUGUGUGUGUGUGUGUUGUAGUCUGUUCUGUAUCUGUGCGUUUGUUAUCGGUUUCGGUGACGACAAAGCCAAAGAAAGCUGAAGUAAGUCCAGAAGUGUUGGAUUAAUAAAAUAUUUAUCAUGUUCCGAAACCAAUAUGACAGUGAUGUCACGGUAUGGAGUCCACAGGGUCGUUUGCAUCAAGUUGAAUAUGCCAUGGAGGCAGUUAAACUUGGUUCUGCUACAGUAGGGUUGAAAAACAAGACCCAUGCUUUAAUAAUAGCAUUAAAGAGAGCAACAUCUGAACUUUCAGCUCACCAGAAAAAAAUUAUCCCAAUAGAUAGUCAUAUUGGAGUCAGUAUUGCUGGCCUGACAGCAGAUGCACGUGUUUUGAGCCGCUACAUGCGCACAGAGUGUUUGAACUACAAAUACAGCCAUGAUGAUUUAAUGCCUGUAUCUCGCCUUCUUGCCAAUGUGGGGAACAAGAUGCAAGUGUGUACUCAGCGGUACGACCGCCGACCAUUUGGGGUGGGACUUUUGGUUGCUGGCUAUGAUGAUCAAGGACCUCAUAUCUACCAGACUUGUCCAUCAGCAAACUUCUUUGACUGCAAGGCAAUGGCUAUCGGGUCUCGUUCUCAGAGUGCUCGCACCUACCUUGAGAAGAAUCUAGACAAGUUCCCUGGAUGUGACACAGAAGAACUGCUCAAACAUGGCCUACGCGCUCUUCGGGACACUCUGCCUAAUGAAGUUGAUCUGAACACAAAGAACGUUGCUAUUGCCCUGGUUGGAGAGAAAACACCUCUUAGAAUCUUUGAUGAGGAGGAAACUGGCCGAUACCUGGCUCUCAUCGAGGGAGAGGAGCGACGUGGUGGUGCCCCCGCUGACGACCCCCCUGCUCCUCCUCCGGGCCCCCCUGAUGCGGGGGAAGAGUCCCAGGAUCCCCGGGUAUCUGUAGCCAUGGACACAGAAUAGAUGCCUUCUCUAAUCCUUUCCCCUACCUGGAGAUCCUAAACCACAAGUUUUGGCCGUGGUUGCAGAUAGCUGAAUUUUUGGUCAUUUUCAACAAUAAUUUAUUCUAUCAUUGUUUAUUGUGUUUCUAAUAAUUUUUAUUUGCAACCACGGCCAAAAUAAACAAUAUUUGCAUAUGCAUUUUAAAUUAAUAAAAUUGAUUUUUUG